CGGACUGAAACAGCAAGAGAAGCGUUCAUUUUUAGUCAAAAGAAAGAAACCACUGAUUUUUUUUUUUUUUUUCGUCGCCAAGGAGCUGCAUAAAUAACGAGGACACUUUACCAAGACAGUGUGCCAAGAAUGGACCUUUAUAAAACUCUUAUUGGACUACAGACAUUUGCAAUCAGCAAACAUGAGCAGUUUCGCAUUUCAAACGUAAACAUCCGCCGAGCAGCUCACGUCCUCAUGUGCGAGGAGCUUCCGCACUAUGCUAGCCAAGUUUAACUCUUGUUUUUCUGUCCAAAACAGGUAAAAUGUAAUUCGCGGCUAGCGCUCAGUCAUACUACUGUUAAACUUGAUUUUUUGAGUUUUCCCAAGACGUUUCUUCAAACGUGAAUGGGUUAGUAAAAUAGUUAGCAAGGCUACAACAGCUGUUUGUUUAUGACAGAUUGGCGACAGUAGAAUGAGCAGUUUUCGGCUUUUUUGUCAUUUUGGAGCACAAAUAAGAAGACCGAUUAUAAUAGUCCAAUUCAGUGAACUAAGGUGACACUGCACAAGGGGGCAUCCUAAUUAUGGGUCUGCUGAACUUUGUUUUCAGUUCAAUCGGGAAAUGCAUAGAUAUCAUUUGCCUUAUCCUGGAUUUAAAUUUCGUGAUUGUCAGCUCAUUAAUUCAGCUAUUGGUGGCAGUCAUCUCUUUUGUCAAUAGUCUGCCCAUGCUACUCACAAAUUCUGUGUUGGAGUGCUGGAAUCUCUCGUUGCUUUGCAUCAUCACAAUGAGGGACGGUGUGACUGUUGUGACCCAUAACAUGGUUGGAGGCUGGAUGCAGCUGCUUGGAGGUGCGCUGGAGAGCUUUAAAAUGAUUGGAUACCUGGCCUCACACUUACUAUUGCGCACCAAAGAACUUCUGCACAGAGGACUGCUGUCAGGACAUGGUUUGCUACGACAGGCUUGGGAGGGUUGUGGCAUUGUCUUCAGCCUGUUGCUUUAUUUCAUCAACACAAUCAUCAACCUACUGCUCAUAGGCACACAAAACGUAUAUGCUGUGUUGGUCAGCACAGUGGAAGCAGUGUCCUGCCCUUUGCAGAAAGCUGUUGAGCUGACCCUGACUGUACUUACGUUCUUCUACAGUAGCCUUGUUGGCACCUCAAUACUUCUGUGGACACCAUGCAGACUAGCCAUGGAGUUAUUGGGUUCUGUCUGCCACAUAUUUGUCAGUGUUUUCCUGCUAAACGUAUACGGGCUGCUGCUCAGCUUGGUCAUCGUUGCGGGUACCACUAUCUACCUAAACCCUGCGCUCCCUCGACAAGCAGCUGUGCAUAUAGCCAACUACAUCAACACUGUGCCCAUCCUGCGGCGACUCCGUAGGACACUGCACCGCCUCUAUAUGCUUGAGAGGAAUGUGUGGCGACGACUGGCAUGGCAUCGCAGCCGCAUAGGCCUCUGGGUGGUUGCUGCUAGAAGAGAGGCUGGCAUGGCGGUGGACAGGGAGGUGAGAGAGCCAGAGCCAGAACCCAACCCAGAGCAGAGAGCGCCUCAAGCUGAUAUGGCUGGAGAAGACCAGGUGGUGGAGAAUGCUCCGCAGGGCACCCAGCAGGUGGAUGAUCUUCUAGACUUGGCGGUCGCCAGUUCUAGCACUCAUGGGCCGCUACAGGACAGUUCUGAGGACAGUUGCAAAGGCCCACCUACUGACAACCUAAUGACACUGUUACAAGAGCAAGAAGAGAGAAAGAAGUGUGUCAUCUGUCAGGACAGCACAAAGACUGUAGUGCUUCUGCCUUGCCGCCAUUUGUGCUUGUGUAGAGACUGCACAAACAUUCUGCUGAGCCAACCCAUCUACCAACACAACUGCCCCCUUUGUCGCCAUAUGAUCCUGCAGACCAUGGACGUGUAUCUCUGAAAUAAUGUUUACUGCUCUGUUUUGGUCAUCCUCAGGUUUUUUGAGCAGUACUGUUCUUUUGGGGAAACCACACAUUACCUUUUCAUCUUUUUGUCCAUUCCACUAAUGCCUUUUCAUCACUGUUGCUUGUAAAUAGUUUUGGAUCACAUCUUUUUAUAAAUUAAAAAAAGAAUUGUGAUGGUCAGGCUGACAGCUGUGACAGUGCUUUUGUAUGUUUUUUUUUAUAUUCAUUGUCAUUUUUUUCCAUCAGCUUUUGUAGCAGCAACACUAUUUUGUCAUACAGCAGUAUUACAUGAAUGUAAGCUUUGUAUUGAAAAAAUAGAGCCUUGAUUGGAAAAUGGAUGUUUUUCUAUAUUGUGGUCUGAGAUGCUUUGCACACUUUAUUGUUGAGUGUUUGAUGAAAAUUUUUUGUACUACAGCACAUUACUAAGGGUGGGCCUUAUAGUAUGAAUUGUUAUCUAAUUAAAUACAUUUUCUGGAUUCAAGUUAUGCUCAAUCAGCAACAUUUAUGGCAUAAUACUGAUUACCACAAAAUAUUUUUUGGACUUUUCUUCGUUUAUAAAAAAUAAAAGCAAAAAUAUUGGUUAUACUAAGGCUCUUCAAAUGGAAGUGAAUGGGGCUAGUCCAUAAACAUUCAAAUACACACAGUUUCAAAGGUAUAGCCCUGAGACAAAUACAUUAUACAUUUUAGUAUUAUAAAAUCACUUACUAACCUUACCUGUGUAAAGUUUAUCCAAUAUUACAACUUUGUUGUCAUGAUGAUGUAACUACCCAAUGCCAAAAAAUCCCUGAAUUUUAUCACACAAAAUUCAUUAACACAAGUGUUAAAAUCUCAUGGCUAUAAUGUUAAAACAGUUUGUAUUUAUUUCUUAUGGUCCGGCCCUAUUCACUUCCACUGUGAAUGCCUUACUAUAACCAUACGUUUGCAUUUUUUACAUGAGAGAUGAGUCAAAAUUAUUUUCUGUGGCAAUCAACAUUAUGCCACAAAUGCUUCUGAUUGAGAUUCAAUUGUAUUGAACCUGGAACAUCCCUUCAAAUCUUGCCUGACUGUAUAAAGUGAUCAAAGGUUUAAUGGGAACAUUUACAAUGUCAUAUUGAUUUGUUUUUACUGUUGAAGAAAUCUGUGUAUGUUUUACUUUGCUUGCUUUGUAAUCAUUCCACCAAAGCUGUUUUGCUCACUAUUGAAUAUAACUCACUACAAUAUUUUCAGAUGCCAUUCUACAAUCUGUAUGACAUAUCAGCUAUUCGUACUGUUUUUGCCAUUUAUUAUUGAACAGCAUUAAUGUUUUUUAAAGGCUCUCUCACUGCUGAAAUGGUAUUGAUCAGUGCAUUUCAAGAUCGAAAUUUUGUGCAUACUUUUUUGUUUCAAGAGACAGUAAUUCAAUUCAGCUGCUGACUGAUCCUCACAGGAGUGCUAUUUUGUAGUCAUCAGAGUGGCAAAAAGGCUUUUAGCCCAGCUUUGUUCAGUGGAUGUUGCUAGAACUCACUAUUUUGGAAAACAUCUGGUUUAUAUCUGAACAUUAGAGAUACAAGGUAUAAGACUUACUGGUUUAUCUUUAGUCUUAUAUGAUAACCUGUUUUAUCCCAAAAGCUGAAAUCCACAAUUGCAUUCGAAGAGGCACAAUGCAUAAGACAAUCGAGUAGAUUUAAGAGGAAAAAUAAAUUUGCAAGCUCAAUGCUGGUGUACUCUGCUC